CGAGAGGGCGAGUUAGUUGCGAAUGAGCGCUCGUCGGGCGUGCGUCGUAUGCGUCCUCGACCGAUAAUGUCAUCUCCGUUGUCGACGGACGAUCGUGUCGGUUCUUAAGAGUCGUGUAUACACGCGAUAAAAAAAAAAGCCACGCGUUUAACGAAGACAAGCGUACGUUACUUGUCGCGAUUCAGACUCGCACGCUUCCGUCGCGUUCGCCGUUUCAACCAAUAAAGUGCGUGACGCGCGCUCUCCGUCGGAAACACAGGAGGUCCCGAUCGUUUCGCAUUCGAGACGAACGCGUGUCCACGUCGUUUCGACCUAGAGAAGGAAGAACCACGCGUGGCUGCGUUUUCGGGCGAGGAUAUUUGCGCGUACGCUGCGAGAAGCGUGGUCUCUUUGGUCGCGUGGUCGCGUGCUGUUGCGCUCGCGUGCCCGCGUACGUCGCGACUGUCAAUGCCGCCCAGUUGUUAUCGCGGUCGAUGAUCUACUAUCACUGCCAUCCUCCACUGCCAUUCGCGCUUCCUUCGAUUCUUUUUUCCCUAAGUCCCUGGCUUUGCUCGACUGGACCAGCGAGGACCGCCGUUAGUCGUAUAGCACGCGAAACGCUGAAGGGAUAGUGGAACAAGAAGGAGCGGAAAACAACACGGACUCGAGGAGGAUACUAAUUAUUCGCGAAAACGCGAACUCGAUCGUCCAAGAUCGAGGCGCGAAGAGGACCGAUCGGACGCUAUCGAUCGGACGCUGAUAAAAUCCGCGGAUUCGUCCAAGUGUAGUGUGUUCGAUUAUUAAAAGUGACGUGACGAGAGAUUCCCCGUAAUCACGGGCCCAAAAAUGGUGCCUCAACAGCAGGACAGUCCCUCGAGUUCGGGGAUACCUAUGUUUGGAUCGUUGCUCGUGGAUAAAAAUUCAACGACGCCGUACUCGGAUGCCACCCAGACGAAGAAGAACAAUCCGAAUCACAUAAAGAGGCCGAUGAACGCGUUCAUGGUGUGGUCGCAGAUCGAGCGCAGGAAAAUAUGCGAGAUCCAGCCAGACAUGCACAACGCGGAGAUCAGCAAGCGCCUAGGUAGACGUUGGAAGACCCUGGACGAGGCGGAGAGGCGACCUUUCAUCGAGGAAGCUGAAAGACUCAGGCAACUGCACAUGAUGGAGUACCCCGACUACAAGUACAGACCUAGGAAAAAGACCUCGAAACCGACCGCGUCCACGAACCCAAAGGCGAAGGAGGGGAAGAAGCCUAGAAAGUCGUCGACGUCGGUAGGAGCCAUCGGGCCAGGAUCGACCAAGGGUCACGCGCGAAACGACACCAACAACAAUAUGCAAACGAGCGCGGUGGGUGCGACGGUGAAGAGAUUGCAACCUCAAUCCAGCAGCAGCAAGCCAGUCUCGCGACUGAAGGUUAGACUAGCGCUCGACAAGAGACCUCCCCUCGAUUACACGCCUACCCCGCCGAUAGUCACCGCCAAGAUACCCAGCAGUCCUUCCUGCGUCACGCCAGACUCCCCAGAGUCAGCCAGCUUCUACGAGGACAACUUCCUCGAGUGCGGCCCUUCCAUGAGACUCCCAGCAACGACCACAGCCUCCUCCACCUCUGGUACGAUGAGCAACGGCAAGAUCAAGCAAGAAACUAACAUGGAGAUGGACUUCGAAACCACCUUCGAACCGAAGGACCGACUCCUGUCCUCCGUUGGCCCCGUUGGUUCGAGUCUUGCCCCUAAUGCUACCGUUACCUUCCCUGGGUCUGUCGAAGACAUAGGUCUGAUAUCCGAGAGAAGUUUCCGAGGUCGAACGACGUGUCACCUCGAGAGACGAUCCGAUUUCAUGGUCAAGGAGGAACCCGUCGACGUGGACACGGAAAUGGACACCGAGACGGAAGCCCUGUCGCCAGCGAACCUAAACGACUCCGAUCGAGCAUCCUGCUCGUCCGUGUCCACAGCCACGACGACGAUUCCCACCGUCUCCUCGCUCACGAGCUCCAACUUGGUCUCGACCAACACGGAAACGACGAGAAGCGACACCACCGUCGGCGUCGUCUCGACGCCAACGGUCAAGCUCGAGGAGUCGACGAACAACCCUAGCUUGGCGGACCUGUACUCCUUGACGGACCUCCUCCAGAUACAACCGUCCGAUUUCAAGAUCGAUCUCGACAUGGAAACGAUAACCACCGACUUGGACACCUUCGAGACCGCCAGCUCCAGCAGCGGCUCCCACUUCGAGUUCUCCUGCACCCCAGACGUCACGGACAUGCUGUCCACCAUUGGCGUGGGCAACGACUGGGUCAGCUUUUGAGGGAACAAGCGCCUAAACGAACAGCCCCAUUCGUCGCGAGAUACGCGACAGAGUACCCUGAUCAUUUUGUACGUAGCGGGGAUUGGGCAUAAUUACUACUGACUUGGCAAUUUGGUUGAUUUCGAGUAUAUCGUCAGGAGGAGGGGUGAAGGAAGCUCUUGUUGGUCUCGAGAGCAAAGUAGGUGGGAGAUUUUAUCUGCGCAGUACUGGAACAAUCGGAGCAAUAAAUAACCGUCGUUUAAAGAGAUUACAAAAAUGUUCCACUAUUGUUUGCACUGUCUUUAACACGUUGAUCGCCACGUCACCCGUAUACAGAUGACAGCAUUUUUCAUGAAGAAAUUGAUGAAAUAAAUUCUGAAAAUGAGAUGGUUAAAGGAAAUAAAUCUGCAUAGGAUUCACGAAUUUUACAAAGUUGCAGAAAUAAGUACUAGUUGAAAUUUAAGUAAUUUUCAGUUCUAUAGAGGCAAAGCUCGCAUAAAUUUUCACAAGUUGUUUGGCAGUCAACGUGUCAAAUCAUCCCAAUUAUCGAAUCUUCUGCCACCUUUGCUCUGACGUUCAGUGAGAGGUCUCUUGUAUCCCUAAUCAAUUUUUCUGUCUAUAUACGGCAAAAUAACCACUGCUCAACUCUGAUACGAUGAAAACUCUUCUCGUCGCUCGUUCCUCCUCCCCCGGUGAGUCUUAGCGCGCGCAUAUCCUACUCGCGACGCGAAAAUACACGAGCCUUUUUGUACAUCUACUGUAGCAUAUUAGGAUUAGGAUUUUUGUAUACUCCGCGGCAAAUGUUGGCCCACGAGGAAAGGUAACGCAGAGCUAGUGGCUAGAUUGCCGCGUUUUACAGCUACGUACGAUGUUGGGGGAACCGCGAUUACUUUGCGCGACGAUUCGUUCUUGUGUAUAUUGGUAGAUGCAUGUGUAGUAAUAUAUACAUAUACAUACAUACACACAUUAUAUAAUAUAUAUAUACAUACGUUAGAAAUCUGCGUAGCGACGGAGACUAUCGGGACCUUGCGAAUCUUGGUGAAAUACAGUGUUCUCCGCUUACGAUCUUAUGUCCGAGGAAGACGGAACGUUAAAAUUGGUAAAAGGUGAACGAGGUUUUUCAACCGUGAUGUGAUAUAUCGUUUUCGACGAAUUUGUGCCCGCUGGAAACGAUUCUGGCAAUAAAAAUGCUCUGUAUUCCGAGAGAAGAGUGAGGUCUGAGAAUUUUUAAGGAACAAUUGGUUCGAGCUGAAAGACGACUGAAAAUUCGAAGGUAGCGACAAACACAAGUACAAAUGACAUUUAUCACGUUACGUGUUAAAAGAAAUUUAAAGCAAGCUUCAUUUAUAGACGAGCAUCUUCCUUGCCAAAUUCUCAGUUAAGAUUGGAAGAAUGGAUUCGAUGCUUGUAAGCGGUUGAUACUGUAUCGGUGAUAGGCGAAGGUAAAAGUGUAACUGACGAGGAAGCGGAAGACGCGAUGGAAAUGAAAAAGGAAAAGACUGGGACCGGAACAAUUCCGUCGGCGAUGCGCAUUUCGGCCGCAGUUGCGACAUGUUUGUGUUACAGUCGACGCGAAGUUAGAGCAGAACGCGAAAACAACAACGAGUUAUCGCGCGGACCGCGCGAGAUUAUCGAUAUGCACGCGACGCAACCAAAUUGCGCCUCGUUUCCGUUUUCGCUCGUCCCGUACGGUCGCCACGAUCUCUUUCUCUUUCGUACGACGAAUGUCUUCGAAUAUAUCAAACGUUUGAUCUCAUAUUCCCCUUACCCGUAAACUAGCGCUUACUCCUAACGUUUAACGUUUGCCUGUGCGACCACACGCGUUAGUAACUUCGUUUUUCGCGUUCCAAAUCUUUCUCGCAACUGUUCUCGCGCAAAAAUUCAUGUUUCGAUAGAAAAUCAAACGACGAAUCGUCUUGCCUUUGAUUCGAACGCGUUGACACGGUGGAGAUCCACGAUGGUGCGCCGCACACACUGCCAACUAACGCUCUAGUUCUGUCUUUACAACGUUCUUCUACUUAACCCAAGCCCCUGUAACUGUCAAACGGACGAACGCUUCGUCUACGAUUCGCCCGUUGGUUUCUCGCCGUGUCGACUAUCGAGUGCACUUUCCUAUCACCAUUUCUCCGCCGAUAUAACGACUCGAAUCGUCCUCGUCACACUGUCUUUAAUAAAAGCUUCCUUUGCCUUAUGAUAUUUUCGUUUCGUUGGCAAAUACUUCUUAAAAAAGUAAUCACAAAGUAAUCGCUGGCCAGCUCUGGCAGAAUCGCAGGAAACAAAAUAUUGAGAAAGGACUAUCCCGAGUACGGCAGAAAACACCUAGAACCAAAGUAGGAAACCCCUCCUCCUCCCACCCUCCUUACGACUUAUAGGCUGUGAAUAUUUUUUUGAUCGAAGCACUUCCGGGAUUAAUUCGAGAUAGUCGAGCUCGUGCCACGAGACAAACCCGUUGAAAGAGGAAGAAAAGGUUUUCGAGGGGAAACGGGAGUUGGUGAGACUUUUGGAAAUCGCGAAGGUAGUGAUUACGUUUAAUCGUUCGAGCGACGAGACUCCUUGCAAAUGUUACCCCGAAUACCAACAAAAUUCCUGCUGCUCAAAUAUCCGAACGAGCCUCUGGACGUCGUGGCUUUUCGACGAGAAAGGAAGCGAAAGAGCGAUGUAUGAUAAAUGUUUUACAGUGUCGAUAAACGAAAAGUCACGGUCCAGAGAAAUCGUACAUACGUAAUCUUUCGAUAGGUAGAAAUAAACGAAACACACCAAAGUGCAAUACAACGCGGUAUAACGUGUAAUCUGUAAAUGCCAACGACCCGAAAAGGAAAAACGGCAGCGGUUCUAUCGAGAUACGCGCGUGAGAAAAGAAGGGACGCAAAGAUAAAAAAAAAAAAGAAAGAAAGAAAGCUCUAAUACCGAUCUCAAUCCGAAAUAUAUAUAUAUAUAUAAAUAAAUAUAACGCUAUUUUUUCAACGGUGAUCAAUGGUUGCUGUGUAUGUGUACGUAUAUACAUGUGACGCGAAAAGAAACUUUGAAGAAAAUGCCAGCGAGCGUUUGGCAAUAUUUUUCCACGAAUGUAGUUACACGACGCGUUUAGUCCGAUAUUCGUUAACGUUCGCUCCGAGACCGACGAGCGACAGAUACCGAGCUCUGCGCACGCAUCCACGAUCGUGAUCGCCGAACGGUCAGUAAUCGCGAUCGAUGAUUACGAAACGACUGCGAGAGAUUACAAAUUAUUGAUUUACGUUUGCAGAUUACAAAAAUUUGAUUGAUCGCGAUUAAUUACAAUAAAAGCAAUUAUUGUUCAACUCUGCGCGUAUAGCGCGCAGAGUGCGUAUGCUUUCGAGUCAAUACGUUUAGUUUGUUGUUUCGAUUUUUUUAAUCGCGUACGCGUCGCGAUUAUUGGACGAGGUUCGUUCGCGCGACUCGAUAUUAUUUUCUUAGUUUUCGAGCGAAAGCAUACGCGUAUCCCCGUCGCGUAUUUCAAUCCAAACGAUAGAUAAGCGUUUCAAAGUUUACUGCUCGGGAGCGAACGAUUACGUGUCCGAGCUAUAUCUUCUCCGUAGGUUUAAGUUUUCAUUAUACACGAUAGUGAAAUUAAUUGCGCCAACAACUAACUUUAUAAACGUAACGACUGUACAUUUGUAUCUAGCCCUUUGUUUAUAAUACUUAUUACCUUGUUAUCAAGUAUUCAAUUUAUAUAAUUUUUUUAUCGAACUUAUUAAAAAAUAUUUAAAAACGA